AUGGUUAAACGUUGUUACAAUUGUUACAACACUACAAAUAAUAACAUCAACAAUCCUUCAUCUUACACUACUAUUAAUGUUGCCACUCCUUUAUCUGCUACAAAUACUCCUAAUACCGGUUCAAACCAAGAAAAUUUUUUGCUAGAUUCAUUUCUUUAUGUCAAUGGCAGACGUUAUCAUAAUGUUCCAACUGCAUCUUAUUGUCUACCAAAUGACAAACAAGAAAUUGAACGUUUAACUUUAGAACAUAUAAUCUAUCGCUUCAUUUGGCAUGGUAAUUUUUCUUCUCCUGUUGAUGAUGUUCUAAAAUCAUCAUUUGCAAAAAAUGAUAAAGCAAAAGUUUUGGAUAUCGGUUGUGGUUCUGGUAAUUGGUUGUUAGAAAUGGCCGAGGAAUACCCUAAUGCUAAUUUUGUUGGCAUUGAUAUUUCUCCCAUUUUCCCCAAUGAAUAUGAUUCAAAUAAACCCACAAAUGUUGCUUUUUUAAAAUUUGACGCUCUUAAAUUAAUAAGAAUUACUAAACCUGGUGGAUGGAUUGAAAUAAUGGAUAUUGAUCCUUUCCCUUAUGAUGCAGGUCCAAUUUUAAAUUGUUUUCUGGAAUCAAUGUCAGAACUAUUAUUGUCAAAAGGAAUAAAUAGAAAAAUUGUAUUUGAUAUUCCAUUGCUAUUUAAUCAGAAAUCUGAAUUAAUCACUGUUCAUUCUCAAGAACGUCCAAACCCUAUUGGUUCUUGGGGUGGCAAAAUGUUGAAAAACGUUAAAUUAAUUGUUGAUUCAUUAAAACCUUACAUAUUACCAGCAUCGGGUUUAUCUGAACAAGAAUUCCACGAGAUGAUUAAAAGUAUAUAUGAUGAACUUAACACAAAUAAAACCUUUUAUAAAUCUUAUAGACAUUUUGCUCAGAAACAAUAUUAA